AUGGCCACUCAAGCUUCUAUUGUGACAUCAAAUACAAGCCUUUCCAACCAAACCUGCAAUGUGUUCACAUACAAAGAAGCAGCCCAGAUCCUCUUUCCCAUUUUUUAUGCUGUUGUUCUUAUAGUCAGUGUCUCAGGCAACAGCCUGGUCCUGUACAUCACCUUCCAGAAAAAGAAAAAGUUCAACUCCACCACACUGUACCUGAUCAAUCUGGCAAUCUCAGACACCCUCUUCACUCUGGCUCUUCCUGGUAGGAUCGCCUACUACAUCCGUGGCUUUGACUGGCCUUUCGGAGAUCUUCUUUGCAGACUGACCACAGUCAUCUUCUAUUCGAACACUUAUGCCAGCAUCGCGUUCAUGACCUGCAUUAGUGUUGACCGCUACCUUGCCAUGGUGCACCCACACAGGUGCUUGAAGCUCAGAAGCAUAAAGGUUGUGCGAGGCAUCUGUAUCCUGGUCUGGGCGAUUAUAUUUCUGGAGAUAUCCCCUCUUCUCUUCAAGAGCACAAUAAAGAAAUGGCAAGGCCAACAAACAUGCAUGGAAUAUUCCAACCUGAACGAAUCAUCAACGACACCUUAUGUGCUUUUGUUUGGUUGUGUUAUUGGGUUCUGUGUGCCCCUGGGACUUAUUCUGGGCUGCUACAGUCAUAUCAGCUUAAAACUUUCCAAAAUGGCCAAGGAGAACCCAAUGACCAGCAGGUCUGGUAAAAGUACCAGGGCAAAGAACAUGAUCCUGCUGAUUCUUAUAAGCUUCUUGCUGUGCUUUAGCCCUUAUCACAUCAACAUCAUGCAGUCCAUGGUGCGCAGGCUUUACUACAAGCCAUCGUGUGAGGAAGAGAAGGCUUUCAAGAUGUCUCUUCAGGUCACAGUAUCCAUGAUGAACUUUAACUGCUGCUUGGAUCCGGUCAUAUACUUCUUUGCCGUUAAGACGUACAAGCAGAGGGUGAUGAGCAUCUUCAAGGGUUACAUGCCUGCAUUACUUUCCUCUAAGGGCAUGACUGAGAACAGCACCAGCAACACUUGA